AUGGCAAAUCAAGCUUGUAUUCACGCAAUUAGAUGUCGAUCUGGAUUGAUACCACGACUCAUAGGGAAGUCCACCAAACAACUUGAAGUUCUGCCACGACACGUGUCGUUGGUCUCCGCAAGGGCAUAUUCAGCGGACUUACCAGAUGCAAUCAAGAGGGCGCAAGGAACCGUUUUUCGCAAAACUAAGGACGUCACUAAAGAUUCAGUAAAAGUCGAGGGUUAUGACUUCAAUAAAGGCAUUGAUUACCAGGCCUUGCUGGAAAGUUAUACAACUUCGGGAUUUCAAGCGACAAAUUUUGGAUUGGCAGUCAAAGAGAUCAACAAAAUGAUAAAAAAGAAAGCUGAACCAAUUCAACACGUAUCCGAUGUUCCAUAUCCAUUCAAGAAAAAGAAAACGAAUUGUACGAUAUUUUUAGGAUUCACAUCAAAUUUGAUGUCCAGCGGUGUUCGUGAACAUAUACGGUACCUGGUGCAGCACGACAUGGUGGAUUGCAUUGUAACUUCAGCUGGUGGAAUAGAAGAAGACUUUAUUAAAUGUAUGGGGCCGACCACUGUUGGUGAUUUUCAACUAUCUGGGGCAAAACUUCUUGAAGGUGGUCUCAAUAGAAUUGGAAAUUUAAUUGUACCGAGUGAUAAUUAUAGAAAAUUUAAAGAAUGGAUCUACCCUAUCAUUGAUCAGAUGUUGAUAGAACAACAAACUGAGGGUACAAAUUGGACGCCUUCUAAAAUGAUUGCAAGACUUGGUAAAGAAAUUGACAACCCUGAAUCUGUGUAUUAUUGGGCCUACAAGGAGCCUACUGCUAAACGUGUGAAAACUACACAAGGAAGGCGUGACAAACAGCAAGAAUUCGAACGGUCUAGGCGUAAAACAAGCACAUUCCAAGUUAGCUGGCAGGCGGAGUUCAAGGACUGGUUACUUUUUGAUAACAACAAAGUGAUGUAUUGCCGGCCUUGUCGAGGAUCCUACGGUCAGCUGUCGGUUAUUAGUUUGUUCAAAAAUGCACCAAAAAUGACAACAGUGGGAAGUUCUUUACCAAUUGUGUACCCAGAUCACAGCAAUUGUAUUUAUUACGUAUUUAAUGAACAAACUAUGUAUAUACAGCCAACUAAAAAAUUAUUCUCAAAAAGUUUUCCAAGAGAGUUUUCUGUUCUUUUGAAGUUACGUUAUGAAUUAUCAGAGACAACAAAUUUAAUAUCUAUAUUAGAUGAGAACAACAAAGUAUAUUUAAGCGUACAUAUAGGUUAUCGGAUGUUUCAAUUACAAAUAACGUUUGAAGAUCUUAAAACAUACCCAUUUUCUCAUCCAAGUAUUGGAGAUGGUCAGUGGCAUUAUUACGCAAUCGGAAUCAAUAAAUAUUAUGUGACACUGUUUAUAGACUGCGUAGGGGUGCAGUCGAUACGAUUACAAAAUAGCGAACCACCAAAUAUGCCGAUAGAUGGUAAUAUUAUCAUUGGAGGAAAGUUGCACAAAUGGGACACAAAGUUUCAGGCAGCCAGGGUUGUAAGCCCUCCAGCAGUUGAACAUAUUGAUAUUGGCCCACCAGCACCUCAAAAGCCUUAUUUGCUGAGGAAAUUUCCGUGGUUACCAGCAGAUUUUGUCCAGUACAUGUUAGAUAUGUACGAUCCUGAGUUUGUUGAAAACUUACUAGAUGACAUGGAGGAGAUUUAUCCUCCGCCAGAACAGGUUAUACCUGGUCCCGCCGGGUCACGAGGAAAGGUUGGACCGAGGGGACCAAUGGGACCACCAGGAAAAAAAGGUGAAAAGGGACAAAUGGGAAUGAUGGGAUCACAAGGACCAGUCGGAUUUCCCGGACCACCUGGAGUGGAUGGACAAAAGGGUCAGGAGGGUGCAGUUGGUGAACCUGGGUUCCAGGGUUUCCCAGGAAGAAAAGGGGAAAGAGGACCCAGAGGGCUAGACGGUCCCACAGGAGAGCAAGGUGAAGAUGGUCCAGAUGGAUCACAAGGUAGGCGUGGAAUUAGAGGACCUAAAGGACUCAAGGGCUUCAAAGGGGAAAUUGGUGUGGAAGGAGAUCCCAGUAUCCCUGGUGUACGAGGAAAGCCAGGAUUUGAGGGCAAUAUUGGAGAAAUGGGAAAGGAGGGUGAAAAGGGUCUGAUGGGAAGAGUUGGUGAGCUGGGAAUGCAGGGUCCAGUUGGUCCACCUGGUGCCCAAGGAGAAGAUGGAGAACAAGGAGCUCUGGGUGUGAUUGGAAAACCUGGUACCACCGGUGCUGAUGGUGCUACUGGGGAAGAUGGAGACAUUGGUCCAGUUGGUGAAAUAGGAUUGAAAGGUGAACCGGGGCCCACGGGAGAACCUGGUGCUAAUGGUACAAAAGGCUCAACAGGUCCCCCUGGACUGCCUGGUUUCCCGGGUUUUACUGGACCAGCAGGACCCAAGGGUAAGCCUGGGUUAUCAGGUCCACGUGGCCCAUCUGGUGAUGAUGGCGUACCCGGGCUAAUGGGAUUCAAAGGAGAUGAAGGCCCACAAGGCAUUAAGGGUGUUGAAGGUGAGGUUGGAGAAAAGGGAACUGCUGGAAUCAAUGGAUUACCGGGAGAUAUUGGAAGAGUAGGUUUAGUGGGUUUUCCUGGAGAAAAAGGUGAUAAAGGAGUAGCCGGUCGAGAUGGGUAUCCUGGACCAAUGGGAUUCAUGGGAACAAUGGGAAAAAAAGGAAAAAUUGGCAGCCCUGGAGCACAAGGACUCCCGGGACUACCUGGUUCUCCUGGUGGAUUUGGAGAUGAGGGAUCUAGAGGAGAAAUGGGACAGGAAGGACCAUUGGGAAGAAAAGGACAGAGUGGACAACCUGGUAGGCAUGGAAAACUUGGACCAAUUGGAAUUCCAGGAGUGAAAGGUCUGCCUGGUUCUCAUGGAACUGAUGGUCCUCCAGGUCCAAUAGGACUUCCUGGUCCAUAUGGAUUCCCUGGAACACGUGGAAGUGCAGGACCAAGAGGAGAGGCAGGUACACCAGGUUUAGCUGGUCCUCAUGGAGCAGAUGGGUACCCUGGACAACGUGGGGCCAGAGGUUUACCAGGUAUAUAUGGUGAACCAGGACCUCCUGGUGAUAUUGGAUAUGCUGGGUAUAAGGGACCAAAAGGUCCUCGAGGUGACAUAGGUCAACGGGGACCAACAGGUAGCACAGGAAUUUCUGGAAAACCCGGACUUAAGGGUGAUAUUGGAGUAGGAGGUGAACCCGGACUGCGUGGACUAAGAGGAAUACCUGGAGAAGAAGGUGAGAAGGGCAAAGUGGGACCAAAAGGAUUACCUGGAGAUGGAGGUCAUCGGGGUGACAAAGGUUAUGCUGGAACACAUGGUGAUGACGCUGAUGAUGGCUUGCCUGGAUUACCUGGCUUGCCUGGACUACCAGGGAGAAAAGGAACCAAGGGUCAGAAAGGAUUGAUGAUUCCUGGCAUCAGAGGACCAUUUGGACAACAGGGACCCCCAGGGCCGGAGGGUAGGCCUGGACCAAGAGGAAUUAUAGGGCCCAGAGGAGACAGAGGUUUAAUUGGGCCUACUGGAAUACCUGGACCACACGGACGAAGAGGUGAUGUUGGACGAGACGGUCUAGAGGGAUUACCUGGUGUGUCUGGUAACCCUGGAUUGAUUGGAUUUCCUGGAGUACCUGGAGAGAAAGGAGAUAAAGGAUAUGAAGGAAGGCCAGGUUUACAAGGAACAGAAGGAGAACCUGGAACUCCAGGACCUAAGGGCGUCAAAGGUGAAACAGGAAGUGUCGGUAAUAAAGGUCAAAAGGGUGAAAAAGGUUUUAAAGGCAGUAAAGGAAUAAUUGGUCCACCUGGUGCGGAUGGUCCAAAGGGGGAAAAGGGGGGAAUUGGGAGGACAGGAGAUAGAGGUGAGCGUGGUGUAAAAGGAAUACAAGGACCAGUUGGUGAUGUUGGUAGCACAGGUCCAGCAGGAUAUACGGGUGAAAGAGGUGAACCUGGUGAACCAGGACCUUUAGGAGAACCCGGUCCAGAAGGACUUCAUGGUGAUCUAGCUAAUCGUGGACCAAAAGGACCACGUGGGAAUCCUGGUCCACCUGGUCCUAAAGGUGAAAAAGGUCGCAUUGGUCUUGCCGGAAAGGAAGGACGUGCUGGUUACCAUGGUAGAGAUGGAGCUCUUGGAAAACAGGGAGAAAAGGGGGAAAAAGGUGAGGCUGGUGAAACAGGUGAUCCUGGUCCUGAGGGACCAGAAGGGCCAGAAGGACCAGAAGGUGAAAGAGGAGAACCAGGACCUCCAGGUAUCAAGGGUAAAACAGGACGAACUGGACACCAUGGAAAGCGAGGAUUCCAGGGACGUGUGGGACUUAAAGGUGAAAUGGGCGAAAAGGGCAUAGUAGGUCCAGAAGGUGAAAAAGGUAAAUCAGGAAACUCUGGUCGUCAAGGAAAAUUGGGUUUACCAGGUCUUAAAGGAGUUAAGGGACAAGUGGGAACUCGUGGAGUUCCAGGACCUGCUGGACAAACAGGUCUACCAGGCUUCAGUGGAUAUCCUGGUAAUGCUAGUUACACUAAUGGUAAACCUGGUCUAGAUGGUCCUACUGGACCAAAAGGCAUCAAGGGAACAGAAGGACCAAAUGGUGAAAUGGGACUUUUUGGUCCUCCCGGCCCUCCUGGGCUUCCUGGAGUGUUUGUAUCAUAUUUCAUUACACAGGUUGGUGACAGCAGACUGGUGUCAUGGUCUUUGAAGUAUCCGGAGAGUGCUGCAUUUCGAUCACAAAAUGUCAUCAAGAGAGUGGAAUAUGGAAUGACAAUGGAGAAUGAGGGGGAUGUUAUUGAGAACAUUGAAGUAGAAGAUGUGGUGCGAGUGUUAAAACAUGAAGUUGAUAAGUUUGUUUUACCAGCUGGAACAAAACUCUCGCCUGCUGCCAACUGUAAAGAACUGAAGCUUUGCCAUCCAGAGUUCUCAGAUGGAUAUUACUGGAUUGAUCCUAAUCAAGGUUGCAAUAUAGAUGCAUUUGAAGUGUUUUGUAAUUUCACUGCUGGUGGACAUACAUGUAUACUUCCUACUAAUUCAUCUCAGUCAUUACCAAUUGAUAAUUGGGAGCCUGGUGAGCUAUGGUUCAGUAAAAGACCAGAAGAUUCAACAUGUAAUUUGUGCAAAAAGAUAAACUACCACUGCAGCACAUUCACCUACCACUGUGUAAAGUCCAUAGCUUAUCAUGAUUCCAAAAAAUUAAACUACAAGAAAGCCUUAAAGUUUCGUGGAAGCAAUGAGAGUGUUCUUUACCAUGGAUCUGAAGAGUACAAUGUUUUAUACGAUGGCUGUGAGAAUCGAGCGAUGAAUCCAGAGUACACCAUAUUUGAGUUACAGACCUCAGACUUUGAUCUUCUCCCGAUUAAAGAUUUUGCACCAAUGGACACUGGCAAAACAAAUCAAAUGUUUGGGUUUCAUCUUGGACCACUCUGUUUCAGCUAG